GUCCAGGCAGAGACACCCCAGAAGGAGGGAGCUCUUUCAAGCAGGGCCACUGAGCACCAAAUAACUCAGACAGAGCGCCACUGUGGGCACUGGGUGUGGCCCCUAGCAGGCACCCCCAAGGAUCCAGUCUCUCCCCUGUACCUGCCCUGGCUCCAUGGAGGUGGAGGAGGCUGUACUGUCUCCUGGGGCUAACAGCACUGAGUGCAGCGUCGGGGCUAACUGGACAGGCACCUCAGUGUGUUGGCUGCAAGUGUCCGGGGGCGGCCCAGAGGUGGUGAUUGUGCCUGUGCUCUUCGGGCUGAUCUUCAUGCUGGGCAUGGUGGGGAACACACUGGUGUUAGUGGUGCUGGGGCGAAUCCGAUCCGGGGGACGCCCUUCACGCAGCGCCACCAACAUCUUCAUCCUCAACCUGAGCAUUGCAGAUUUCUCAUUCCUGCUCUUCUGCGUCCCCUUCCAAGCCACCAUUUACUCCCUGCCUGAGUGGGUCUUCGGCGCCUUCUUCUGCAAGUGGGUUCACUACCUGGCCAUGGCAACCAUGCUCGUCAGCAUCUUCACCCUGGUGGCCAUGUCUGUGGACAGAUACAUCGCUGUGGUGCACGCCAAGCGCUCGCCCUGCAUCCGCAGCAAACGCAAUGCCUCCCUGGGCGUGGGCAUCAUCUGGCUGCUGUCACUGCUCAUUGCCAUCCCUGUAGCCCAGCACCAGGCCCUCAUAAGUGGCCACCAGCAGGCACCCAACAGCUCCUUCUGCUGGGAGCAGUGGGCUGAUGAUUCAGCUGCCAAGCAAACCUACAAGGUGACCAUCCUGGUGGUGGGGUACCUGCUGCCCCUGGUGCUCAUUACCUGCUGCUAUGCCAAGGUUUUAUAUCAUCUUCAUAAAAAAGUGAAGAACAUUUCCAAGAAGUCGGAGAGAUCAAAGAAAAAGACAGCGCAGACAGUGCUACUUGUGGUUGCUGUAUUCUUGAUUUCCUGGCUGCCGCACCACAUCAUCACGAUGUGGGCAGAAUUUGGUCAGUUUCCCCUGAACAACAUCUCCUUCACUUUUCGCAUCAUCUCUCACUGCUUAGCCUAUGGGAACUCUUGCAUUAACCCCAUCAUCUAUGCUUUCCUCUCGGAGAACUUCCGCAAGGCCUGCCGGCAAGUCUUCACCUGCAAGUUCCUCCUGCGGCCAACUCCUGCUGAGAAGCUUGUGAGAAUACGCCUGGAGAACUUUUCUACCACCCACUCAACGACUAAUGUGUGACUUGGGCAUAAAAAAUGAAAAUGCAUUUUAGUAGAAUG